UUGUAGGGUGCGGGGAGAGAAGGGGGGGGACCGCAGCCACCCGCCCGCCGAGCCGGCGGAUCCAGGCGGGGAUGGAGCCUCCCCCGGCGCAGAGAUGCCGCAGCCGCCUCCAUCCCCGCCGGGCUUUCUCUGCCGUCGCCGCGGCUCCGAUGCCUUCGGGGUGUCCGUGCCGGUUCCCGCAGCUGCGGGCGGCCCUCGCCGCGACAGCGUGAAUCCCGCACCCCGAGCCCAUGGAUCCGGAGCCGCCGCAGACGGGCGACGCCGUCCCCGUGGCCUCCGCCAGCCCGGACGUGGCCCCGCUGACGGACACGCGUGAAGGUGCGGGAGGUGGCGGUGACAGCGCACCCCGCGUGGCACCGGGACGAGAGCGGGACGACGAGCCCCGGCCCCAGGAGGACUCCCACGCGCCGGACCCGCAGCUCUUUGGGCCUCCCCGAGCUAUGGAGGGGCUCGGACGGGAGCGUCCAGACGGACCCCCCCAGAGUGGGGCUGACUACGGCUUCCUUGUGAGACAGAACAUGAAGCUCCUGAGCGCACUGGAAGACCUGCGGCACCGCUGCUCCAGCCUCACCGAGGAGAACAGCUUGCUGCGCAGGAGCUGCUUCCCCGAGACAGAGGAGAAGGUGAAGCACCUGAAGAGGAAAAAUGCGGAGCUGGCGGUGAUCGCCAAACGCCUGGAGGAGAGAGCCCGGAAACUCCAGGAGGCCAACCUCAAAGUCGUGAGUGUAACGGCUCCAGUGCCCCUGAAAGGUUCCAGCCUGGAGCUGUGUAAAAAAGCAUUUGCCCACCAGCGUGCCAAGGACCUGACAGAGCAAGCCAGUGCUCUCCUGGCAAAAGACAAACAGAUUGAAGCUCUGCAGCAGGAGUGCAGGGAGCUGCAGGCUAAACUCACUGCGGGGAAGGGCGACCCCCGCUGCCUCAACGUGGUGGAGUUCGACCGGCUGCUGCGGGAAUCCCAGCAGGAAGUGCUGCGGCUGCAGCGGCAAAUCGCGCUCAAGAACUUCAAGGAGGGUCUGCGCUCCUCCGCGAGCAGCUCGGGGGGCUCCGGGCCGAGCGCUGCGUCCUGCCCGGGCCCGGCGCUCAACGCCGGCACCAAAGACUCGCUGGCAGCGCAGGUUUGCUCGGGACACACAGCGCUGGGACGGGCGGCACACGGGAAGGUGGAAUCAGGUGUGCUGCCACUGGGCCCUGCCUUGGAAGGACAUGAAAAUUCCCCUCCUAAGAAUGCAGUAACAGACCAAGAGAGCAGCCAACAGAUACAGCAGCUGGAAUUUGAACUCAAGAAAAAGCGCAAGAAAUGUGAAAACCUUGAGCAUGAAGUGAGGAAAAAGCAUAAAAGAUGCAAAGAACUCGAGAUCCAGCUGCAGGAGGUACAGAGUGAAAAUGCUCGACUGGCCGAGGAGAACUUGCAGCUGAAUGAGAAGGCUGGAUGGGCAGGACAGGUUGAAUCUGAGAAUGCUGACCUGAAGCUGCAGGUUGUUUUGGUUACUAAGGAACGGGAUUCAGUAAUUCAGAGAAAUCAAGGACUUCAAACCAAGCUGGAGAAUCUAGAGCAGGUGCUGAAGCACAUGAGAGAUGUGGCUGAGCGCAGGCAGCUGCUGGAAGCCGAACACAAGGAAGCACUGCUAGUCCUGCAGGAGAAGCAAGAGGAAGUCAGACGGUUGCAGCAGGCACAGGCAGAGGCAAAAAGGGAGCAUGAAGGAGCAGUGCAGCUUCUAGAGGCUCGGGUGAAAGAUCUAGAAGACCAGUGCCGCAGUCAGACUGAGCAGUUCAGCCUUCUGUCCCAGGAGCUCAAACAGUUCCGACUUCAAACAGGAAAAAUCGACCUUCUCACCUCCACACUGGUGACUUCUGAACUUCCUCUUGCGCUGUGCAGCUCUACCCCACAGCCUCACUGGGAGAAGGAUUCAUCUGGUCCUGCAUUGCUUGCUCACCAGAGCACAAAGAAGGUUCACAAUGAAGAGACCAAUGAGUUGGAGUCGUCACAGCGGGUGCCCGAGGCUGCUGUUGGCUCCCCAGUUUCUGCUGCCAGUUCUCAGAAACAAGCCAAGAAAGCUGAAUCUCAGUCGAACUCUUCAAAAUCAGAAUCCAUGCAGAACAGCUCCAAAUCCUGCCCAACUCCAGAGGUGGACACUGCGAGUGAAAUGGAAGAACUGGAUGUUGACAGCAUCUCUCUGAUGCCAGAGCCAGGCAGCCAAGGCCCUGCAAAGCUCCAGGUCUUCUUGGCUCGAUACAGCUACAAUCCUUUUGAUGGACCUAAUGAAAAUCCAGAGGCAGAGCUUCCACUAACUGCUGGAGAGUACAUUUACAUCUAUGGAGACAUGGAUGAAGAUGGCUUCUUUGAAGGGGAGCUGAUGGAUGGCCGGCGAGGACUGGUCCCUUCCAAUUUGGUUGCGGAGCUUUCAGUUGAUGACCUCAUGACGGUUCUGCCUUCGGAGCUGAACGAUCUCACCCAUAGUUCAUACCAGGAGAAAAGUUUUGUCAGUGCAAGCACCAGCAGUGGAGAUAAGAGUGAUUUCUCCAUUGAAGAGAGUAGCAUCAGUCCGUUGGUCAGUAGAGCAGAAGGAGACCAGGAGGAACGUGUUAGUCACACAGCAGUGCCUUACCCAAGAAAACUGACUCUGAUCAAGCAGCUUGCCAGAAGCAUAGUUGUAGGCUGGGAACCACCGCUUUUGCCUGCUGGCUGCCCAGACAUACAGAGCUACAAUAUCUAUGUGGAUGAAGAGCUACGUCAAAAUGUGAAGAGUGGCUUUCAGACCAAAGCAGUGAUUGAAAAGCUGGAUUUAAAGACAAAAUCUUACCGUGUGUCUGUGCAGAGUGUGACAGAGAAGGGCAGUUCUGAUAAACUGCGAUGCACUUUCUUUGUGGGGCAAGAUCUGUGUGUGGCACCGACUAUGCUGAAAGUCAGAAACGUCACUGCCACAUCAGCAGAGGUCACGUGGCUUCCCUGCAACAGCAAUUACAACCACGCGGUGUAUCUGAAUGGGGAGGAGUGUGACAUAACAAAACCGGGGGUCUACUGGUACACCUUCCGCAACCUGCAGCCCAGCACUCAGUAUGUGGCCAAGCUGGAGGCCCGUCCCUUGAAAACACUCUGGGAAGAGGUCUCAGAGGGGCAGGAGCAGAACUCAGCUGUGAUACACUUCACUACCCCAAUAGCAGGCACACCUGAUGCUCCUCUGGAUGUCCAGGUAGAAGUUGGUCCCUCCCCAGGAAUCCUCGUUAUCAGCUGGUUACCUGUCACUAUUGAUGCUGAAGGAUCUUCCAAUGGAGUUCGAGUCACUGGUUAUGCUGUGUAUGCGGAUGGACAGAAGGCAAUAGAAGUUACUUCUCCAACGGCUGGGAGUGUCCUGGUGGACUUGUCCCAGCUUCAGAUGUUCCAGGCAUGCCGGGAGGUUUCUGUGAGAACCAUGUCCCUGUAUGGGGAGUCGGUGGAUUCGGUUCCAGCCCAGAUAUCCUCGGUCUUGCUGAGAGCCUCUCAUCGUUCCUCACCUUCAGAUUCUGGUGUUUCUACUGCUCUUACCUCUAGACUGCCCUGUGGAGAACCCAGGGGCUCUCUGCCUGCACACAGCCUGCCCACGCACCAGGCUGCACUCCUGCUUCAACAAAAAGUCCCCACUGAUAGCUCAGAUGCCAAAUUGACUGAUCUCUCCUCCAGCCACGAUGGCUCAGCACGAUCUCUGCCAGAGAAAGUCUCUCUGCUGCUGCAGCUCUCUUCGCCCAGUGCUUCCUUGGUACACACCUCAGGCACUUCCCUGCAGGGAUCAGACACUGCACAAGACAAGAAAUGCCUGACUGUGCCUCCUCAGCAAGUGGGCAGCACAAAGCUCCCGGGUGAGGGCACAGAGCCUGUCUCCUCGAGGGAAGCAGAACUGAGAAGCCUGGAUGAAGGGACAGAAGUGCUGAUGGAACAAAACGUCACCAAAAUGCCAGAGCUAGAAAGCCCAGCUACCGCUAACCUGACGAUACGCAUGGAGACCUGCCAUACGUGCUCUGUGGAAGAGUCACCAAAAAGUCCCAGUGCUGAAAGAGAGACUGAAGCAAAGGAGAAGAACUUGAGCCUGGAGCUCCUGCCCUCCCCCAGCCAGGCUGAGGAGAUGGAGGGCACCCCCCGAGAUGCAAGCAUGGGUGGAAGCAGCUGCCAGGAGUUCGUGAGGUUGUCACCAAGCAAGGAGGUGGUGAAAGAAAUGUCCAGAGUAAAAAGAGAGCAAGAAGAAAAAUUAUCUGAAAUAGGAAGACGACAGCUGACUCUUUUUGCUGAACACAACCGCAGUUCAGACCUUUCAGAUAUAUUGGAGGAGGAAGAGGAAGAUGAACUGUCUUCAGAAGCUCUGGAUGAGAAGAAAUGGGAUUCAAGAGAGCCCUGUUACAGGGAGAACGGGGAGAAGAUGGAUCUUUGUGAUACUGACAGCGAUGAGGAGAUUCUGGAAAGGAUCCUAGAGCUCCCGCUUCAGAAGAACCACAGCAAGAAAUUGUUUAGCAUCCCUGAAGUGACUGAGGAUGAGGAUGAAGAUGAGGAUGAGAAGUGUGUUACAGAGGAAAAGGAAAAUCCUCAAGGCACCUUGGAAGCACCUACCUACAUUGCAGGAAGGUCUGAGAAGCCACUAAGCACCCAGGAUCCAUUUCCAAAGGCAGAUGGUAGUGAUUCCUCCCCAGAACUGUCUGCUCAGACUCCACGGGAGGAGCAGACUGCUAAGGGGAGUAGAGGGGGUGCUGACCAUAUGAGCCCCAGCUGGAGUCAGAAAAGGGCAAACUGGAACUGGGGCUGCCAGGAGAAUGAUCUGAAGUCUGGCAGUGGGGCAAGCCCCACUUGGAGCAAGAAGAAGGGAAAUAAUUAUCGAGAGAAGAUCCGGGGUCGACCUGAGACGGGUAGGAAGAGACAGAAUGAUUUCACAGAGCACUGCAGUCGUCUGCUGGGCAACUGCAGCCAGAUGGGAGGUGGGUUGUACAGAGCUCCCAGCCUCCGGGAGGAGCUGAACAUUGUGAGCAGCUCUGCUGGUAAGGAGGGGUUUGAUGCGUACACUCGUGCUAGGCAAAGCGCCUCUCGAAGAAACCAAGGGAAAGCAAUGGUCUCAGGGUUUGCAGAACCUGCUGGGAUGGCAGCACACUGCUCCAGCUCCAGGAGCCUGGAAAUAGACAUUGAGUAUGACUCUGAAGACGAUCAGGAUUCAGCCUGUUCUUCUCCCCCUGAGAGCAGGCUCUGGCCAGAAAGGGCCCAGAACUGUCAGGGGGAAUGGAGCGAUUGCUCCAGUCAGUCUGAGGUUAUCCUCACAGAUGGCAGAAGGAACCUGACCAGACUGGAAAGAGUGGAAGAGCAGGGUAUGGAGUGGGCUGGGUCUCCAAGCCGGCGCCUGCGAUCCUUCUGCCAGGAGAAGGAGGCUCUGAGGUGUGAGAGCAGCUCUGAGGAGCAAGGCUGGGAGCAGGACUGUAAGUCACCUGGCUGGAGAAGGAGGCUCGAACAUCCUUGGAAGGGGAUACGUAGCACCUCCUUGCACAAAAGGGCUUCUGGUAAUAAAGAUCCUAGGGGCCAGGAGCUGCCUGGCUCAGCUGCCUGGCAGAUUCCCAGCAGAAGAGGGAACAGGAGCUUAAGAAGAAGCCAAGUGCAGAAGCCUUUGCUUUCUGGCCCAGGUCCUCUAAGGAGCUCUGCUUCAGAAACCACUGUGGAAGAUGAUGGCAUUAGAAUAUUUGUGGCCCUGUUUGACUACGAUCCUGUUUCCAUGUCUCCUAAUCCUGAUGCGGCAGAAGAGGAGCUUCCAUUUAAGGAGGGGCAGAUCCUGAAGGUGUGCGGAGACAAGGAUGCUGAUGGCUUUUACAGGGGUGAAUGUGCUGGAAGAGAGGGAUACAUACCCUGUAACAUGGUAUCUGAAGUCCAGGUGGAGAAUAAGGAAAUCAAGAUGCAGCUGCUAAAGCAAGGGUUCCUUCCUGCUGACCCACCGACAGAGAGCAUAGGAAAUGGCACAUUUUCUCCACCUCCACGCCGCCAAACCGUCCCUCCUCCAAAACCCAGACGCUCCAAGAAAGCAGAACUAGAUAAACAGGAGAAGUACAAGACUCAUCCAGGACAGAAGCGUCAGGACUUUGAAGCUGAACUGCUGACUCCUCGCAGUAUGGUGGCUGUUUUCGACUAUAACCCUAAGGAGAGUUCUCCAAAUGCAGAUGCAGAGGCUGAACUGACUUUCAGUGCAGGGGACAUUAUCACUGUGUUCGGAUCCAUGGAUGAUGAUGGAUUCUACUAUGGAGAGCUGAACCAGCAGAGAGGGCUUGUCCCAUCUAACUUUUUGGAAGCUGUAACCUCAGAUGGAGACGUGGUCGAGGAGCUUCAAUCAAAAGCACUGAGCACUGAGAGCCAGAGAAUGAGGAAGAGAAGAGUCCAGUGAUAGAUAUGAAUGGUACAUAGAGAGCAACCAUUUAAAUCCAGAUGGAUCUGUUGAUCACAGUGACUUCUCACCAACUCCUCCUGCACUUCCUUCCUGUCUUGUCGUGGGUGAGCAGCACCCAGAGCAGGCAUCGCUGGCUGUUAUCAAAUGCAGUGACUUACCUGGUCAGAGCAAAAAGAAGAGAGGCUUCUUCAUCAAAGGAAAACAGCUCUUCAGAAAACUUGGGUCCAAUAAGAAAGACUAACGUGUGGCCUGCCUGCGCAGUCCAUGCAGGCGCUGAACAUUGAGGAGAAGCCCUGGCAAUAAGCUGACUGCAGUGCUUGUGUAGGAGGAAGGCGUACAUUGGAUAGAGGAAACUCCUCAGUGGGUCUGGGGGCUGCACACUCCACUGAGAGCUCGGCCGUGGUGCCCACCCCGCGUGGUGGCACUGGGGUGUGCGAGGCCUCGGCUGGAGGAUGCAGCUGCCCCCGCAGUGCUGUCCUGCUCCAGCAGCCCUCGGUUCCCUGUACAUAUUUUAACCUGAGAAAUAUAUCCUGGCUGUAAGUUAGCUAAAUGGCUUUUCCCAGCAAAGCCCCUUAGGAAGAGCUCCCUCGUAGCGCACCCCCAGUAUUUCUCUGCUCCAAAGGAGGCUGUGUCGAGUCCUUCACUUCCUGCAAAGAAAAUUGGCACUUUUCCCACGAAUCCCCUGUGCUGUCUCUGGGCUGAAAAGUGAGUUAUCGGUACUGUAACCUGUAAAUACGGCUGUGCCUCGGAGCGUCCCACACUGCCUCAGUCAUCUUCCAGCACGAGGAUUCCCAUGGAGGAAGGAGCGAUGCCCAGGAGGGGGUCGAUGCUUCUCCUCCAUCGUGGGCUGCCGUAAGCUGCUCUUGGCUGGCUCACCUUCACCACGCGCUGCCUGGGGACUCCGCCUUAUUUAUUUAUUUAUCUGACUCUUUAUUUAUGUAUUUAUUUGUCCUUGUCCGCCUCUCUCACCGUUUCCUUUGGCUGUUUCAGUGGCUGCUCCUCUCUUGUUGGAGCGUUUGGAGAGCAGAGCUGGGGAUGGAGAGUUUGCAGCUGUUUUCAUUCGAGAUGACGCGUUCCUUCAGUUCAGCCUCGUCCCUUUCUAAGCCACGGAGUUUUGUACUACAUGGUUUCUAUCCUUUCCUGUGUUUCUUUCUUUGCAUGUAUCAGUGGGUUCUUGUUUUGAGAAGGACGGUGAUGUGAGGUAUGUGAGUGAUGCCAGCACAGUGUCCACAUGUUGGUGAUGAGGUAUGUUUUUAUUUAAUAUCAGAUUUUAUUAUAAUAAAGUCUAUUUUCACAAAAACA